AGGGAAUUCCUCAAAGGCUGUAGACCCUAGAACCAUGAAAAGGUUGUUGAUCCCAAUUUCUUAACAUGGGAUUUAGUAAUGCACUUUGAUGAUUGCAUGAAUUAAUAUACCAAUCCAAAUCGUGUCCAUGUGAGUCGCAUAUCUUAGCAACAGGCUGAGGAGGAUAUCCCUUCAACCUUGAUUAGUACCUCCUUGCCAAACCAAUUCAACACUAUAUGCUGAUUUCUAUACAAACUAUCAAAGCUAGAUUAAUAGCUAGGCAUUUUUCUCUCAGAUUCCAUGGCUGCUGCGGACCACCGGCGCCCAUUCCUUAGUACCAAACUUCUUUCAAGCAAUCUUCAGCUCUUUGUUACCAAAAUCCAAAGCCUAGCAUUCUCUCAUAGGAUUCCUAUAUUGUUACCACACCCCGGUUCUUUAAAUCUCUUCAACCCCACACGUUAUAAUGCUAUAAAUUCCCCGUGGUCCCAGCAAUCCCCCUAUACAAAAUCACAACAAAGCAAAGGGGUCUUCAAAAACCCUCAGGUCUUACUUGACCAUGAAAGAAAGAAAUCUUCUACCGAUUUCACUGGAGUCAGCAAAGUACCCCAUGUGAAGCACUCUCUCCCACACCUUCUGGUUUCUCGGGUCCACUCUAAAUUAGAAUCAGUAGGCUUCCAAUUUCCAAAAUUCCCCCCGGGUCAAUCCCACCGCGACCCGGUCCUCACCUCCAUGUCCUCUUUUCCGCACCCAGAUUCCUUCGUCCCCUCCUCGGGCCCUCUCCCUCGCCCGGGAAGCGGGGAUAGAAAAAGAAGUAAACCUGGGUGGGUAUUUAAUCAUAUCUCCGCUUGUAAGUUGUAACCUUGUUCAGGUUAAAUAUUUAUGGCGGGCUCAGUACCUUUUGAUGAGCUGUGCUCCUAUUUUUAAUUCCCAGCAGCCUGACUUUCAACCCUCCCUUUUUUAGUUCUCUCUCCCAUUUCAGCCUCACAUGCAUUGCUCCCUCCUGGAAUCGCCGUAUAAUUUUUUCCCAUCCACUCUUCCUCUCUCUCUUGGCUUGGCCUUGUUUUUCCUUUUUAUUUAUGCCACAGCUCAUCAUCGAUUUGGUGAACAACUCCCCUCCUCCAAACAUAACAGCACCAUCUUCCCCCAUCUUCCCCUCCUGUUCCUCUUUCUCUCCUUUCCCUCCGCCUACUCUUAUUUCUCCUCUCCACUGAGAAAUGCUUUGCUCCAAGGCUCCAACAUGAGCUCCCAAAGCAGUAGCCUCCGUUCCGGAUGGAGAUAUGCUGUCUCUCCUAUCACUCUUUUGCUUUGCUUUCUUCUACUCCAACCUUGUCGACCAUUCGGUCUUAACUCGGAUGGAGUGUUGCUGCUCUCCUUCAAGUACUCCAUCCUCAGCGACCCCCUCUCGGUGCUUGGCGACUGGAACUACGACGACGACACGCCCUGCUCCUGGAAUGGGGUCGUGUGCAUGGGCUUCCCAUCCGCUGGCGCCGCUCGUUUCAACUGGAACACGAGCAGUGGUGGAGACUUUCCGGUGCCCGCCUCUUCUGCUUCUAGGGUGAUUGGCUUGGUCCUCCCUGAUUCUCAGCUGCUGGGCUCCAUCCCCGCCGACCUCGGCCUCGUCGAGCACCUCCGCCACCUCGACCUCUCCGGCAACUUCCUCAACGGCACCCUUCCCGCCACCAUCUUCCACGCCUCCGACCUCCGCAUUCUCUCGCUUUCCAACAACCUGAUCUCCGGCGAGCUGCCCGAGCUCGUAGGCGAGAUGAAAAGCCUCCAGUCGCUCAACCUUUCCGACAAUGCCUUGGUCGGCAGAGUUCCAAGCAAUCUGACGCUGCUUCCCAACCUCACCACCGUCGCUCUUGCCAGCAAUUACCUCUCCGGCGAGCUCCCGGGCGGAGGUUUCGAGCGGCUUGAGGUCUUGGAUCUGAGCUCCAAUCUUGUAAAUGGGUCCCUGCCGCCGGAUCUCGGCGUAAAAGGCCUCCGGUACCUGAAUUUGUCCUCCAACCGGCUCGCCGGCGUGAUCCCGCCGGAACUAGCACCAAGAAUUCCGGCCAAUGCCUUGAUCGAUCUCUCCUUUAAUAAUCUCAGUGGAGCGAUUCCGCAGUCUGGAGCUUUCCUCGCACAGAAGCCGAUGGCCUUCUCGGGGAACCCGGAUCUCUGUGGGAAGCCACUGAAGAACAUGUGCACGAUCCCUUCCAGCCUCUCCAAUCCUCCCCCUAAUGUCUCCACCGAGACUCCGCCGGGGCCGAAUUCUCCUCCGGCCUUCGCCGCGAUGCCCAAGAAUCCUGAUGGGACUUCGCCGCCAGGAUCGGCAGCGAGCAGCGGAGGGCAAAGGGGGCUUAGGCCAGCAGCAGUUGUGGCGAUCAUCGUCGGAGAUCUCACCGGGAUCGCGCUUCUGUUUAUAGUGUUCUUAUAUAUUUACCAAGUAAAGAGGAAGAAGAGAGAGCUCCAGCAGCAGCAGCGGCGGCAGAAAGGAGAUAGAGGGAUCGGGCUGAAGAGCGUCGAGAGGGAAAAGAGGGAUGAAAGGCCGCCAUCAGCAUCCCCUGAAUCCAGAGGACUAGGUGGCUUGUCAUGGUGUUUGAGAAAGAAAGGUGGGGACAGCGACGACGCCGAAGAGGGCUCGGAGACCUCGGCAUCCUCCGAAACAGAAGCAGAAGAGGAAGAGCUGCACAAGAGAGGAAAGGAGGAAGGAGAUGGCAAAAUCCAGGCACGGCAGAAGCAGCAGGGAGCUACUCUGGUCACAGUUGGUGGAGAGCCUGAGCUGGAGCUGGAGACUUUGCUGAAAGCCUCGGCUUAUAUACUGGGAGCCACGGGAUCCAGCAUCGUCUACAAGGCGGUGCUCGCCGACGGGACCGCUUUGGCCGUCCGCCGGAUCGGGGAGAGCAGCACCAUUGACAAGUUCAAGGAUUUCGAUGCCCAGGUCCGUAGCAUCGCCAAAUUCCACCACCCCAAUAUCCUCCGCGUCCGGGGAUUCUACUGGGGGGCCGACGAGAAGCUCCUCAUCCACGACUACGCCCCCAAUGGCAGCCUCGCCAACAUCUCUUUCAGCAAGAAGCUGGGCUCGUCGCCGUUUCACCUCAACUGGGAGGCCCGGCUGAGGAUAGCGAGAGGCGCGGCCAGGGGGCUUGCAUACCUCCACGAGAAGAAGUGUGUUCAUGGCAAUGUCAAACCGAGCAACAUCCUUCUGGGCGCCGAUAUGGAGCCGUGGAUCGGAGAUUUCGGGCUGGAGCGGCUCGUGUCGGGCGACAGCAGCUCCAAACCAGGCACAUCGGCGAGGCUAUUCGGAAGCAAGCGGUCGGCGCUGUCCACGAGCAGCCUACCGGACCUGUCGCCCGUCGCAGGGGCCAGCCCCUGCGGCUCCUCCUCCGCUUCGGCGUUGGCUCCUCCUACGUAUCAGGCGCCGGAGUCGCUAAAGAAUCUGAAGCCCAGCGCCAAAUGGGACGUUUACUCAUUUGGUAUGGUAUUGCUUGAGCUGAUUGCGGGGAGAGUGUUCUCGGAGGUGGAGCUCUGCCAAUGGAACGCCGGGUUUGUGGUGGAGGAAAGGAAUAGAAUUCUGAGGAUGGCCGACCUGGCGCUGAGAGGCGAGGUGGAGGGCAAGGAGGAAGCUCUGCUAAGCUGCUUCAAAUUGGGUUUUGCUUGUUGUUCCGUUGCCCCUCAGAGGAGGCCUUCCAUGAAGGAUGCAGUCCAAGUGUUGGAAAAGAUAACAGCCACCUCCUCCUCUUCUAGUCUUGCUGAUAACACUAGUAAUAAUGGCAUCCACAUAUCCAUAGCUCUUGGUAUUCUAAUGUAGAAUUAACUACUAAUGGAGUGCUGCCAUUAACCUGUCGUCGUAACCCUCAACUGAUUUGGUCUGUGUUUCUUUUGUGAUGUGCUUUCAAGUGUUUGAGGGAUCUUUUUAACCUAGUUUUGCUCUUGCGUAGUUUGC